AUGGGUUCAUCAGUUCCAGCCCUGUCGGCCUUGAAUGGCCCGACCUAUGUUACAGCCCAGACCCUCAUCCAGCAAGUUGCAUACUUGCUGAGUGAUAAGAUCUUCUCCUACUCGCCGGAGACUUUCGAUCUUGAUGCUGCUCUUAAGGAAUGGACUUCCAAGGCUGAGACUAAUGCCAAUGGCGAGUCUCCCUCUGUCAAGGCUCUGGAAACCCGCCAGGGUGCCGGCAACAUGGCCCUUGGCUACCUCUUCUCUCAGGACUUCGAUCUGAAGAAGCGCCACAUUCCCCAAGGUAUUGUUGCUUCUUCAGCAACCCUCCCUUAUAUGCGUGCCGCAUUGGAGCAACUCUCUCUGCUCUACUCCGUCGCUAGCCCAGUUGCUGCACACGUCGCCGCUGUAGACUACGCCGGUGAGGAUGGCCUUGUCUCCGACUAUGCCUCCGCCCUCUCUCUGGCUGAGGACCUCGGUCUUGGUCUGGUCUCCAGUGGUUCCGCCCACGAGUCCCAGCACAUGGCUCUCUUCACCACACUGCUAUCCUCUGUCCUCCCCUCGAUCCAUAUCUAUGAUGGCGUUCGUGUUGGUCGUGAUACCACCCGCAUUAUUGAUGUUCUCGACAAGGAUGGUCUGACUCGCACUUAUGAGACCGUCCGCAAGUCCCUCGAUGAGUCCCGCAACCGUCACCUCGAUGCCCAAGGCAAGGUUCUGGAUCUGCUGAAGACCCUGAACGGCGAGCUCGGAACCGACUACGGUGCUUUCGAGUACCACGGUCACUCUGAGCCCACCUCUGUCCUGAUUGCCUUCGGCACUGUCGAGGCUACUCUGACUGCCCAGAUCGCACGCUCUCUCGCCAAGGAUGGUGUCCGUGUCGGUGUUGUGAAUGUCCGCGUCUACCGUCCUUUCAUCGAGGAGGAGUUCCUGCGCGUUCUUCCCCAGUCCACCAAGACUGUCGCUGUCCUUGGGCAGGUCGCCUCUGAGCAGGCUGUCCAGGAAGAGGGUGUCCACUCUGCUCUCUAUGAAGAUGUUCUUGCUUCUUUGACUUUCGCCACUGGCCGUGAACACAACCCGGCUUGUGUUGAGAUCAAGUACCCCCGCUCCCAGCGUUGGGAUCUCGUCUCCACCGCUGCUGCAUUCCAGCGCGUGUACGACCAGCCUAUUCUCACCGUCGACGGUGAAACUAACGCUUCCCUGCAGUUGCUGGACCCUGCGUCCGUGCAAGAAUACACUUUCUGGGAUGUUGACACCUCCAUUACCGAGGCUGCCGCUCAGACUUUGAGCCAGGCUCUUGGUGCCGACUCGGCCAGCAACGUCACCCUCAGCCAGACUCACGACAACCUCGUCCAGGGUGGCGCCAUCCGUGUUGACAUCCGCAAGAGCGCAAAGAUUGUUGACGCACCUUACUCGGUCACUGCUGCUGAGGUCUCUUACGUUGGCAACCUCUCGCUGCUGAACGAUGUUGAUGUUCUGGCAUCUGUCAAGGACAACGCCAAGGUCAUUGUGAAUGCCCCUGGUAUCAAGGAUGAGGAUUUGGAGAAGAAGCUUCCUGCUACCUUCAAGCAGGCUGUCGCCCAGCGUGGCAUCUCUGUCUUCGUCGUCGACUCAUCUGCCGUUGAAGACUCGUCUCUGGACGCUCUUGUCCUUCAGGCUUCGUUCGUGCGUGUCGCUCUCCCUGCCCAGGAGGCUCUGGCAACCAAGAAGCUGUCCGCCAUCACAGGUAAUGCCGAGGCCCUAGACAAUGUUACCAAGGAUCUUGAGAAGCUGCUCCGCCAGAUCGAGGUCCCCGAGUCCUGGAAGGAGCCCGAGGGCGUCAGUGAGGCUGUUCAGCUCCCCAAGGACAUCAUCGCCAACAGCUUUGUGUCCUUCGACAAGGACGAGUCUGAGCCUCCAACUCUUCUCAAGGACUGGGAGACUGCCGCUCGUGGCCUUGCGUUCAAGGAGGCUUAUGGCACCAGAGAUGCCCUUCGCCCUGACCUUGCUCACAAGACUUUCACUGUCCACGUCAAGGAGAACCGACGUCUCACCCCUACCACCUAUGAUCGUAACAUCUUCCACAUCGAGUUCGACCUUGGUGAGACUGGCCUGAAGUACGACAUUGGCGAGGCCCUCGGUAUCCACGCCGAGAACGAUCCCGAGGACAUCAAGAAGUUCAUCGAGUUCUACGGUUUGGACGCCGACGCCAUUGUCGAGGUUCCCAGCCGCGAGGACCCUGCCGUUUUGGAGAACCGCACUGUGUACCAGGCUCUGGUCCAGAACGUCGACAUCUUCGGUCGCCCUCCCAAGCGCUUCUACGAGGCCCUUGCCGAGUUUGCCUCCGACGAGAAGGAGAAGGCUAACUUGCUCAUCCUGGGUGGUCCCGACGGUGCCACUGAGUUCAAGCGUCGCGCCGAGGUUGACACCGUCACCUUCGCCGACAUCCUGCUCGAGUACCCCUCCGCCCACCCCGACUUCCACGACAUUGUCCGCAUCAUCGGUCCUCUCAAGCGCCGUGAGUACUCGAUUGCGUCGUGCCAGAAGGUGACCCCUACCUCGGUCGCCCUGAUGAUCGUCGCCGUAAACUGGGUCGACCCUAACGGCCGCGACCGUUUCGGUCUGGCCACCCGCUACCUGAGCCGUCUGCAACCCGGUUCCCCCAUCACCGUCAGCGUCAAGUCCAGUGUCAUGAAGCUGCCUCCCAAGUCCACCCAGCCUCUUAUUAUGGCUGGUCUUGGUACUGGUCUCGCACCUUUCCGUGCCUUCGUCCAGCACCGUGCCCUCGAGAAGGCCCAGGGCAAGGAGAUCGGCGCUGUCUUGCUGUACAUGGGUUCCCGUCACCAGCGCGAGGAGUACUGCUACGGUGAGGAAUGGGAAGCGUACCAGGAGGCUGGUGUUAUCACUCUCCUCGGCGCUGCUUUCUCUCGUGAUCAGCCCGAGAAGAUUUAUAUCCAGGACCGUAUGCGCCAGACCCUGCCCGAGAUCAUCCAGGCCUACAUUCGCGAGGAGGGUGCUUUCUACCUGUGUGGUCCCACUUGGCCCGUGCCCGAUGUCACCGCUGUUCUGGAGGAGGCUAUUGCCACCGAAGCCAAGAACAACGGCAAGAAGGUUGAAACUCGCAAGGAGAUUGAGAAGCUGAAGGACGAGGAGCGCUACGUUUUGGAGGUCUACUAG